CACUGUCUCUUCCACGCUCUCAAGUCUCGAGUCAUAAAAAAAAAGAGAUCUCUUCGAGGUUAUGCAAAAAUGUCAGUUAGUAAACAAACAUUGAAAAUGAUCUAAGCAAGAAAUAAACAUAAUUAUUGAUUAAAACAUAUAUAAAAAGUACUUACUACUUGAGACUCAGACAGUCAUGACGGGAUAGAAAUACUGGCAAAAGUUGAAUUUAAUGAAUUAUGAACUCCUUAGGUUUGAAGAAGGUACCAGGUGUUGAACCGAGAGUAUUCAGAGCCAUUCAACAUGUGGACAUGGAAGAACUGGCUAAAUGUACAGAGCAGGAAAUACGUCCUGUUUUACCAUGCUUGGUUAGGAUGGGGCUAAUUUCUCCUAUUGAUACAUCAAAGAAAUGUAUGAAUAUGAAGGUGACAAUUUUGACCAUAGUUUCAGGAAUGGAAUUAGUUAAUUCAAUUGUUGCCCUUCUUUCUAUUGACUUUCAUAAACUGGAUACUGAAGUGAAAAAAGAACAACAGUUGAGACAAAAAGGAAAUACUCUACAAAAUGAUUCUAUCCUAAUUGGUAAUCUGUCUAAUACCAGUAUGGCCCUUGAAUAUGAAAGAAGUGAUAUGACUAGAAGGCUGAGUAUACUAUUGGGUGAACUUAUGUACAUUCAUUCACAAAUUCAAGAUGCCUCAGAAGCUGCCCCAAGUUCUACUGAAUCUACCUCUUUCAUCAAACAGUCUGAGUUAUUUGAUAAUGAUAUUUUUGCAGAGGAAUUGGCUGAUAUAAUUUGUAUAGCAAUUGCUGAAUUGCCUACUACUUUGAGCCUCACUACUAUCAUAGAAACUUUAUUACAUGUACAUAAUGGACCUUCAAUUAUUUGUAGAUUAGUGGCGAACUUUCCUGAUUGUUUCAAAGAAAUCACAACCUACUUGAUACAAAGUGGGGAAAAGCAAGAAGAAAACAUUUUCAGUGCUGUGAGAGCAAACACAAUAUCUUUGUUGUGUAGAAUGAAUCCAACCCAGGCUUUGUCAAUCAGAAGUAAAUGUGUAGAGUUAUGUAGGAUGCCUGCUUUAGCAAUAACUUUGACUUUGGAGCAUAAUGAAAUGAACAGUGAUAAGGAUAUUGAGGGAGAUAUGGUUGCUUUCAUAUCUGGAUUACUACUGGGUAAUGAUCAAACAAUAAGAAAUUGGAUUGCAUUAUUCAUCAGAACUGGACAGAAGAGAAAAGGAGAGAUUUCAAGCAAUGCUCUACAGCAACUAAGAGAGGAAUUAUCCAGACGUUUACAAAAAAUUAUUGAAACUUCAACUGAAGGAGAACUACCUGACACAAUGGUUGUGCAAGCUUCUGCCUUACUAAGGUUGUAUUGUGCACUAAGAGGAAUAGCAGCAAUUAAAUUCCAAGAUGAUGAAGUGAAUCUCAUUGUACAACUCUUGACAUCCCAUCCAAAUCCUACACCUGCUGGUGUCCGUUUUGUGUCCCUUGGACUCUGUAUGUUGAUUGCUUGUCCAUCUCUUAUUUCACAGCCUGAACAUGAGAGAAAAAGUAUAGAAUGGGUUCAAUGGCUGGUCAAAGAAGAAGCUUAUUUCGAAUCGGCCAGUGGCGUAACAGCCUCCUUCGGCGAAAUGCUCCUUCUCAUGGCCAUCCAUUUCCACAGCAACCAAUUGAGCGCCAUUUGCGACCUAGUUUGCUCGACGCUCGGUAUGAAAAUCGUCAUCAGACACAACAACAUGACCAGAAUGAAGCAGGUCUUCACUCAGGAAAUUUUUACUGAGCAGGUCGUUACCGCACAUGCUGUCAAGGUGCCGGUUACCAAUUCGUUGAAUGCCAAUAUGACAGGUUUCUUACCCAUUCAUUGCAUUCAUCAGUUAUUGAAAUCAAGAGCUUUCGCCAAACAUAACGUCAACAUCAAAAACUGGAUCUACAAACAGAUCUGUACGAGCGUCAGUCCUCUUCAUCCAGUAUUAAGAAUGCUCAUCGAAGUAUACGUGAACAGCAUCAUCCUACCGAACGCGAAAAAUUCCGAGCAUUGCAACAAACCGCUUUCCGAGAACGAAAUUCGAAGGGUCUACCAGAGUUCGAUAUUCGGCCAAUAUUUCGACCAGAAACAGUCGGUUUUCACAAUGGAUUUCGACAUGAAUACAGAAAACCAAGACGUAGUAGUCGACGCUUCAAGUUUGACACCUCAACUUCUCUUGUUGUACUAUCUCUUGCUGUACGAGGACUGCCGGUUGAACAAUGCCCACAUUCUAGCUACGAGCAGCAGGAAGAUCAAGAGAUACACUUCUGAAUUCAUGUCUGAAUUGCCAAUAAAGUAUUUGCUGCACCAUGCCCAAAAAGAUCAAAGUUCAUAUUCAGGACUUUUUGGACCUUUGUUGAAACUACUUGCCACCCAUUUUCCCCACCUGACUUUGGUGGAAGACUGGCUGGAUGAUAUGGCGCUCCACACAGAUUACAAACCGGUACACUUGAGCGAAUUGUCUGUAGUGGAAGCUUUCAAUGAAAUUGAAAAACAACCUUCCAAAUGCGCCAAAGUAUUGCAAACUUUGCUGAAACGAGAAGCUAUCGACAUCUGGCCAUACGUGGAAGUUUUCGCCCAAUAUGCGAAAAACUUUUUGGGAGACAAUGUGCCGCGAUAUCUGCAAGAUUUGUACAGGGAUGUUUGGUUCAGACUGAAUACUGUUUUACCUAGACGACUGUGGGUUCUGACUGUGAAGAAUCUAGUGGACGAUUUUUCUAAUUUUUCUAGAAUUGAUGUGGCCGAAGAUCCUCUACAAAUAAUGAGGUGCGAUGAAAGGGUUUUUAGAUGUGCACCCAUGUACGCCAUAGUGUUGAGAGUGCUGAGAGCGAGCUUAGCAUCUUCCAGAAGCCAGUUAAUGCAACACCUUCAAUCGAAUUUGCGACUGGAUAAUAAUGGUCAAGUAGUUAAUGAAACUGACAGAGAAGAUAUGUGUCGUGCAUGCAUUGCUGCACAGGAAGCUGCUGCGAUUCAAAUGUUGAUAGAAACUUGUUCUGAAACUGAGCAGGACAAAACCAUUCCGGGGAGACAAUGGGCCCUGCAAGAGGUUAGGUCUUUAGUGUGCAGCUAUUUGCAUCAGGCAUUUAUUGCUGAUACAAUGUUGUGCAAAUUGGUCCACUUCCAGACAUAUCCUAGUGAACUUCUAGAAGUUGUCGUGAAGGGAGUCCCUUCGAUGCAUAUUUGUCUCGACUUCCUUCAAGAAUUGAUGCAGCAGCCCAGUCUGACUAAGCAAAUAUUUGGGAUUCAACUUCUUUCACAGAUCAGCUUGCAGUAUGCUUUACCAAAAAGUUUGAACUUAUGCGUUUUGGCUCUGAAUCUUCUAUAUGCUCUUCUUGGAGGUGUUUCGAGUGCGCAAAGGGUGAAACUGUUCAAACCAGUCCUGCCAGCGCUGGUGAAGGUAAGCGAGGCCUUCCCGCCGUUGACAGAUGACAUCGUCGCUUUGUUGAUGCAGCUGGCCAGGGUGUGCGAGUCGCAGGCGUCGUUGGCAUCGCAUUUCGACGCGCAUCUGGGCAAGGGUCUGGAGGUGGCGUCACAGGAGAGCGCCGAGCUGUGCGACCUCACGCAGAGGACGUUCGCUGAGGUGCUGGACAAGGCGGUGUUGCGGGCCAGAGUGUACAAGCAGGAUUGAAUUUGGUGGUGUCGAUCAGGUAUGUGGAAUUCAAACACUGAAAAUGGUCAAAAAUCUAUUGAACUGAAUGAUGCAAUUGAGAUCAGUUUGCAAAUUUGGAUAGGAUACCCUGAUGUGCUGGCUUCAAAAGUCACCAUGCGUCAUAGUGGAAAAUAAUACUUCCGUUGUACCAAGCCCACUUUGUUUCAUGUAAGUUAGGAAUGAGUUAAUUAAAAGUAAUAAGCGCAAUUUGUGUUUUAUGUUAUGCGAGAUGAGCGUAAUUUGCA